AUGGCCCUAAUCGCAGAGGUCACCUACCUGCGGAUGGCACGCAGGCAGGCACGCGUGGGAGGCAUGGAAAAGCGUGGGAAGGUGUGGCAGGAUGGCAGAGGCAGAGGCAGUGGCUGCGACGACAAUCGCACAGAUAAUGGUCAUGAUACUGCUGCUGCUGCUGCUGGUGCUGCUGCUGCUGCUGGUGCUGCUGCUGCUGCUGGUGCUGCUGCUGGUGCUGGCAGGUUCCGCAAAGCAGGAGAGAGCAGAGGCAGUGGCAGCAGCACUGAUGACUAUGACGGAGAAGGAGAGGGAAAGCAGGCAUGGCUGUUGGCAGCGCAGGUGGUGGUGGGGGCCUUGCAGCAGUGGUGUGGUGGUGGCACUAGGGGAGCUGACGCCCUGAGGGUGUGGUUGGGGUGUGACCGCACGAAACAGAGAGCAGAUGGAAAGGCGGAAUAG